CCCGUCUUCAUUACUCGGACUGAUCUAAUGGUCUAUAAUCCAUUAUUCUGUGGCAGUUAUUGAGAACAUCUCUCAUGAUGUUUUCAAUACACAGUGGGAUGUUCUAUGGACGUUGUAAGGGGAAUCUUGUGGGGGCUGAUUUGAUAUCCCAAAAGCGGUCAUAAAAUACGUGCCUGUAACUUCCUGUAUAAUGUACUUCUAUAAAUCAUUUUGACAUGAAACUCUCUCCCCUCCCUCUGAGACUAUUGAGUCUUGGCUCUGCAAUCUGGUGAAGUAGGGAAGUUACAAUGGGAGCUGGAAGGAAAACACAAACAUUUACGUUGAACCACGAGAGAGGGAAAGGUCCAUUAGCGGUCCGUGCAAACUCUAGUGCUUCUGCUCGUGGGUUGAGGAAAGGAGACACUGGUGGGUUGAUAUUUGGUUGUACUCAUGCUACGAUGAAGGAGUGCCUGGCAAUGCAGUUGUUUGGAUUGCCGGCUCAACAUAUUUCGUACGUGAGGAAUGUUGAACCCGGCCUACCCUUGUUUCUUUUCAAUUAUUCUGAUAGGAAAUUACAUGGUAUUUUUGAGGCUGCAUGCCAAGGGCAGAUGAAUAUCAAUCCAUAUGGCUGGACUGAUGGGUCUCAGAGAAGCCCGUAUCCUGCACAGGUUCGCAUCCAUGUCAGGUUGCUGUGCCAAGCACUGACAGAAGGGCAGUUUAAACGGAUAAUUGAGGAUAACUAUUACAGUUCGAGCCACUUCUAUUUUGAGCUGGACCACAAACAGACAAGAGAUUUGAUUGCAUUAUUUUCUUCAUCACCGGUCCAAGGUAGUACUACCUUACCGAACAGUUCUGUCAAUUGGAACACUUUGCCAAUGGUCCUUUCAAAUCCUAUUAGAACUCGUGGAGACGAUGGCUCUAUAACACCAACUUCAGAGAUGGAUGUAGGUCAAUCAGAUCAGUUUAACAUGGAAUCCUGGCUAUCAGGUGCUGCAUCUUCCUUGGAUGAUGUAAGCGAGUCACUAGAAGAACACAAAGAUGGGGUUGUUGAGGAAAAUUUUGAAAAACAGGAAGAGGUAUACCGUAGGCUACUUGAAAUAUCCAAAACUCGUGAACGUUGCAAUUCUUCUCCAAAGGAAAAUGCUGAAGACAUUGCUAGUCCUUCUAUGGUAAAUGACAAGCAUUCAGAGGGUGAAUGCUUUUCAGAUGAGCAACGGGUUUCAGAAGAGAAUAGAGAAUGUCCAUUUAACUCCACUGAUCCUCAUUUCAUCAUAUCUAAGUUGAUGUGGAAAAUAGAGCAAUUGGAGAUAGAACAACUCCAAAAGAUGGCAGCAUUGGAGAGCAAGCUGGCAGAGUCAGAAAUCAAAAUUCAACAAUUACAGAAUCGCGUGAGACAAUUGGAAUCUAAGCAAGAUCCUCCCAGUGGAUGUGAAGGAGCAAUAAAUGGGUCAUGUGAUGAUAAUGAAAUUAAACCAAAUGGACAACAUUCAUGCCUUGAUGGCUCAAUACUUAUAGUAGGUGGAUAUGAUGGAAGUUCAUGGUUAUCCAAUUUGGAUUCCUAUUCACUAUUUAGGGAUGAAAUGAUACCUCUGAAGCCAAUGAGCACUGUUCGUUCAUAUGCUUCAGCAGGAACAUUGAAUGGUAAAGUCUACAUUUUUGGUGGCUGGAAUGGUAAUUUGUGGUAUGACACAGUUGAGUGUUACAACCCAGAGGAUAAUGAAUGGACUUUUUGUCCACCAUUAAUUGAGAAGAAGGGAAAUUUAGCAGGUGCAACUUUAGAUAACAAAAUAUUUGCAAUCGGUGGUGGAAAUGGAAUUGAAUGUUUCUGGGAAGUUGAAAUGUUUGACCCUGCUCUUGGACGGUGGAUCCCUACUAGAUCAAUGCUACAAAAGAGAUUCGCUCCUGCUGCUGCGGAACUUAAUGGAGUACUCUAUGUUGUUGGUGGAUAUGAUGGAAAAGAUUACUUGACGUCAGCUGAAAGAUUUGAUCCUCGAGAAGCUUCUUGGACCAGAAUUCCUAGCAUGAAUACAAGGAGAGGGUGUCACUCAGUGGCCGUUUUGAACAAUAAACUAUAUGUACUUGGUGGGUACGAUGGGAACAAAAUGGUUCGAGAUGUUGAAGUUUUGGAUCCCCGUACUGGUGCAUGGAUGACGGGGGACAACAUGAAUGAACCUAGGGGUUACUUUGGUACAGCAGUAAUUGGAGACUCGAUUUAUAUAAUUGGAGGAACACAAUAUGGUGAGAACAUUGAAUGCACGGUGGAGUUGUACAAGGAAGGCCAUGGUUGGAAGAUGACCAAUUUGAAUGCCAUCGGUAAAAGAUACUCCUUCUCUGCCAUUGUCCUAUAGCAUCAAAUUAGUUGCAGGUUGCAUUGGUUUUUCUUGAGGAAGCAUUAGAAGGUAUCACAUGUACAGUUGAAAUCUUGGAGGUGGAAUUAGAUGGACUUAAAGAAUAUCACUGGUUUAUGUUUUGGGGAUACGGGCAUACGGCAAAGUGGAGGCUGACUAAUAUUUUACGUUGGCAGGAAGUCUCCAAAUGAAAAUCAGCUUCUUGUUGGUUGGGCUUUUUGGCAUAUUUUUGCUGAAUUUUAUUUUUAAUUUUUUUUGAACUUCGAAAUUUAUCAUGCUAUAGAAAAAGGAAUAUCAUGAUUCACCUAAUAAUCAAAAAAGCAGAUCUGUUUCAUGUGGAA